AAAUUCUUCUUUUUUUCAGGUUCCCCGUCCCUCCCUCCCUCCUUCUUUCUUCCUAUCAUUACCGCCGCCCCCCCAAUCCAUCCCAUCCCAUCCAUCCGUUAACUGUGGUCGCCACCCCCCGUUGCGCAUCCCCCAAGAUGUCUCGUCGGGAAGAUUCCAAGGCUAGAGAUGCCACCAUCACGGUGGACAUCGAGGAUUUUACCCGCACUCGCGACAGUGUUGUCUCUAGCCUCGUGCAACUGUCGGCAGCUGUCUCGGAGCUGACCAAGGCUUAUAUGAACCAUGCUGAUACCGUGCUGGGCCGUACCCCCACUAGCCUGGACAUUAGCAGCAUCAGUGGUAUCACCAGCUCUCUGUAUGAGUCUGGUCUGCUCGGCGCGCGCCCUUCCAGCCCCGGCGCCAAGUCCGAAGUGGGCGAGAAGAAGAAGCGCAAGCGUGCUCCCCCGGACCCGAACGCCCCCAAGCGCGCCCUGACCCCCUUCUUCCUUUAUAUGCAACACAACCGCUCCCGCAUUGCGGAGGAGCUGGGCUCCAAUGCCAAACCCAAGGAGGUCUCUGACGAGGGCACUCGCCGCUGGGCUGAGAUGCCCGAAGCCCAGAAGGAGGUCUGGAAGAAGCUGUAUGCGGACAACCUUGCCGUCUACAAGGAGAAGGUCAAGGCCUACAAGGCUGGUCUUCCCUACUCGGAUGACGCCAAGGCUGCCAGCCAGCUGCACCAGGGCAUUGAGGGUGCCGAGGCCACCGAUGUGUCUGAUGAGGAGGAGCAGGGGUCUGAAGCAGAGUCUGAGGAGGAGUCCUCCCCCGAACCGGUCCGCGAGCCCACUCCCCCGCGCAGCACCAAGCGUCGCCGCAGCGAGGGUAAGCCUACCGCCAAGGAGGUGUCGACCCCUAGCGAGAAGAAGAGGGAAUCGCCGGAGAAGAAGAAGCGCGGUGCUGCUGCCCGCAAGGAGAAGGAGGAGCAGGAGGCCCCCGCAUCCACUCGCAAGGCUGCCGCUGGUGAGAACAAGCGCGCCACCAAGAAGAAGCGCAAGAGCGAGGCCGGCGGUGAGGAGUAAGAUGGGUUCUAAUUUCGGAGUAUCAAUGGAAUUGGGCGUCUAUGUCCCGGCUACAUGAUGUAAAUUGCAAGUUUGGAUAUGAUCACUGGGUGUAGCAUAUUACGGAUCGAUUGGUUGGGUCUUGCGGUCGGGGUUGUUGUGUUUCUCGGGCCUGAUUGGCGUCGGACAGUGCGCUUUGCGGGGUGUUUUUAGUUGGGGGUGCUGGGUCACUGAUAGUUCUGAAUGGAAAAGCUUGAGCUUACUGCUGCC